AUGUUUGGCAAAUAUUUAAGAAAACUAGUCUUCCUCGAUGCCUUCCCGAAAGUAGAUGUAGGAUACAAACACAGCAGCACUCAAGGAGGAUGCAUGACUGUCUUUGUUUCCAUCUGUCUAUGGCUGUUGAUAUUGAGCGAGUUCAGAGAGUAUUGGACUCUCCAUCAAAAGUAUAAAUUUGUAGUUGAUUCAAGUGUCGGACAUCACCUGGACAUUAACGUUGAUAUCACGGUCGCAAUGCCUUGUUCUUCCAUAUCCAUUGACGAACUGGAACUGACAGGAGAACGUACAAAUCUUGAUGAAGUUAUUCAAACAGCAAAGUUUGAAGUAAGGUCUGCUCGCAAACUCAGGUAUCGUGGAGAAGGGGUCAUUUUGAGAUUGAUAAGCAUAUUCGUCCAAUUAG